AUGGCGCCGGCCACGCGCAGACAAACCGCUGGUGCAAGCAGCGUCAAGAAGGCACCUCCCGCCCGCAAACCUCGUGCGACACGACAAGCACCACCUGCGUCUGAGGAUUGGAACUUCAUCUCUCGAGGAGGCUCAAGUCGCGAAGACACAAACGACCAAGAGAACCACACGCCCGACUUCGACAUGGACGGCCGGAACGGAGGCACGAUAGAACCGACUCGCGAACUGCCCGAUGUCAACGAAGCGGUGCGGCCUUUGCGCGAGAUGGCAGAGAGAGUUGGCGCCGAAGUCGAGUCGUUUGCGGAGACGCUCGACCAGUUCUUGGACAACCUACCGACGCGCAACAAGUUCGAUGCUGUGCUGGAGCUGGCGGACCAGUUCAAGGGUUACGCGCAACAUGUCGCGACCAGGUUGAAAGAACAACACGAGUCCGCGGCGAGACGGGAGCGUCAGAAGGAGUGGGAGCAGAAGGCCAACAUCUCGACACAGACUACUGCGUUUGGAGCGGCAUCGAGUACUACGUUCGGGACUACGACGACAGGCAAGACGGCGGAGCAGGUCAGACAGAUGCGGCAAUGGCAGCAGGAAGCCGACAUCUGGGAGCUGUUCCGCAUUAUGCUCGAGCAACAUCACAACCCUGACCUGCGCUCCAUACAGCAGGAGAAGGAAGACAAGUUGCGCUCGCUUGGUGAUGUGCAUCGCUUUACGCCUGAGAAGGACAUCUGGGAGCGCUUCCUGGUCGAGGAUGAUCUGGCUAAAGAGCGCUCGGUGGUGAAGAGAUGGCUGGAGCAAACAGCGGAGCACCAAGAGAGCGAUAUUCCCGGUAUCAUGGAAGAGCUUGAGAAGAAGGGCGGUGUAAGCAAGGGACUGUGGACCAACGGCUGGGUGCAUACACGCGUGAAGAUCAAGGGCGAGAAGAGGCUGCGUACCUGGCCAAACAACCCGGGUGCUGCACUGCCCCAGAUCACGCGCGCAGAUGACGGUGCGCUACUAGUCACGAAUCUGGAUCCGGAUUCCCCUUUGCGUCAAGGACGCAAUACUGAGAAGAAGGAUGCAUUCGCUGAGAAAGCCAUAUGGAUUGCAUGCUGGGAGAUGUUGAGGCGCGGACAGUCCUGGGAGGAUAUCAGCAAGUGGUGCAAGGAGCGUGAAGAAGGCUGGCGUGCGCUCAGCAUGGGCAACGUUGAACCGUCUGAAGCUCAUUCGCUGGCCACAUGGCGGAACAUGUGUUAUGCAGCGUCAACACAAAACGCGGGUCUGGCCAACCCCUACGAAGCAGCGGUAUAUGGACUGCUUGGAGGAAACGCCGACGCUGCGCAAAAGGUGGCGAAGACUGUUGACGAGAACCUCCACGUCUACUACAGCGCAGCACUGGUUCGGCAAUUUGAUCUCUACCUCGAGAUGCACUAUCCUGACAGAGGCCCAAAGAAUACCCGGCAGUCUGCAGACCUAUCGAAAGACCCGGACACGCAGAUCAUCGAACUGAUCAUGCAGCUUCGCAAGAAGCCAACUACAGGGAGGGAAGCUAUACAGCCGAUGAAGAUCAUCCAAAGCUACCUGCUUGCCAACGAUGUUGGAAGCCUCAUCCACACUCUAGGCUUUGCGAUCGCCUACACAGCGCGUCAAAGAGGCGAGGCGGACGCCAUGAUCCUCGACCUCAAGCCGUUCUGGGAAGAGGACAGGAACCAGCCAGAAGCAGAAGUUGCACUGAGCUCACAAACACUGCGAAUCGCGACACACAUGGGCAUCAUGAUACGCCUGCUUGCCGGUGAGAGGGCCAAGAAAGAGAACCACGAACGCGAAGCUGAAGAGAAUGUCUAUGUCGCGUAUAUACAGGAACUUCGAGCAGCCGGCAAGCGUGAGCUCAUUCCGCUCUACGUCUCGAGAUUGCACGCCAGCAGAUACAUCAUAACGAUGGCUGAGAUCCUUGGAGACAUUACCUCUUCGACGGAACAGAACAUGAUGCUGAAGCUGAUGCGGCAGUACGAGCUCGACAUCAUCAAGAUCAUCAACGAGCAAUUGGCCUUCCUGAUGAACAGUCACAUGGCGACUACCCUCGAACCCGACGUACGUCGAUCGGCCAGGAUAUUUGAACCGGCAGACGAUGCGACUUUCUAUCCAGGUCAGCGCAUCAUCCAUGGCUUCUUCUCAGAAGUGCUUCAAGAAGGAGAUGAGGCCAUUGUGCGUAGUCUGCGAUGGUUCAGUCUCGUCGAGGGAUACUGGCAGGAUACAUUCAGUGCACUUUCAUUUGCGCUUCGGAAGUGCUUAGUCUCUGGCCGCCUCGCUUGCGCCUCGGAAAUCAUCAAGGAGUAUCCCUACGAUACUGUAGCCCUUCGCAAAGCCUACCAAGUCCUCGGCCGCUCCAUCAACCCCUUUGACUACGAAGGAGAACCACCGUGUAGCCGAUCGACAUGGGAGACCCUCAAACGCACAUCACGCUGCUACUACGAGCUCGAGAUGCUCACCCACGCUCUAGUGGCCUUGGAUGACUGGCGCAAGAAGGAAGCAGAAUACACCCGCAAAAUCCUACGAAUGUCCGCCGCGCCCCAAGACCUCAAGACCGCAAAGGACCAAGUCGACUCAGCAAUGUCCGACGUCCUAACCCGCAACCUCCUCACCCACCCCGUCACUAGCGACGAAGAGAAAGACCUCCGCAUCGUGCGGAGGGAGUACAUCCCCGAAAUGAUCAUCGCCUACAACACCGUCCUUCACUCUGCGGGGAACUUGAUUACCCGCCACAUUCUCGUCGAGAGUAUGGACUUGAGCGUCACGGUUGCGAACGAUCAGUAUGGUCUCAGCGAGAUUAUCCUGGAAGCGGGUAGAAUGCGGGAGCUGAUGAGGAGCUUCGCGAACACGGCGAAGGCAAUGCUUAUCUUGAAGUCUUCGGGGAAGCCGUAUAAGCCGAAGAAGGAUCGGGAGGGGAAGGAUCUGGGGAUUUGGGAGAUUGGGCCGCAGGGGAGGAGCGCGCGCGAGGGUCAGGACGUCGAGCUUUAG